CCCAUGACCUCGCGGAUGUCACAACGCUCUGUGAGGAAUGAUAUUCCCAUGACCUCGCGGAUGUCGCUAAGCUCUGUGAGGAAUGAUAUUCCCAUGACCGCGCCGAUGUCACUAAGCCCUGUGAGGAAUGAUAUUCCCAUGACCGCGCCGAUGUCACUAAGCUCUGUGAGGAAUGAUAUUCCCAUGACCGCGCCGAUGUCACUAAGCUCUGUGAGGCCUGACUCUUACCUAGAUAUCGUGCUACAGGUCGUUGGUGUUUGCGUGAUGAGAUCAACGACAAUUGAUGGUGAGAGCCUGGGAUGGAACUCUGCU